AUGGACCCAAAAUCUCUGACUGUCUCCUUCCUCCGAAACUCAUGUGGGUUCUCCUUGAAACUGGCCGUUUCAGCUUCCAAGAAACUCAAAAUUGAGAACAUAGAGAAUCCCAACUCCGUUCUGGAUCUGUUGAGAACUCACGGUUUGGAGCAGAAUCACAUCAGAUACUUAAUUAGUAGUCGUCCAUUAUUGCUUUCGGCCGAUUUAGCCAAUACCCUCAAGCCCAACAUGGAGUUGUUUAAAUCCUUAGGGUUUUGUGGCGCUAGCCUCGCCAAAAUGCUCAGCAAAUACCCAACUGUGCUAGAAAGUGAUGCAUACACUGUUGUUGAGUUUUUUAGAGCACGUGGUUUUAGUGAUAAGCAAAUAAAAACUUUGACAAUGAAGCGUCCCGCAUUGUACACUUAUAAUGCUAACAAGACUUUUAAGCCAAAGUUGGAGUUUUUCAAAUCAUUAGGCUUCAAUCGGUUUAGUGAGAUUGUUAGUGACAUUAUGAAUUUAGGUUUUGAACCCAAUUGUCGGCAAUUUGUCCUGGCCAUUGGGUCCAUGGCACUAAAUACUAAAACAUCGUGGGGGCAGAAGGUGGAAGCUUUUAGGAGUUCUGGUAUGUCAGAGGAUGAGAUUUAUGCUGCAUUCAAGCGGCAGCCCUUGUGUAUGAGUUGUUCGGAAAAGAAGAUCAAGAAAAUGAUGGGUUUCUUUGUGAACAAACUGAAGAUGAAGCCUUCGAGAAUCUCCAAGACUCCAAUUCUUAUACAGUUUAGCUUCGAGAAGCGGAUUAUUCCGAGGUGUUCAGUUCUGUUUUAA